AUGAUCGGCGGCCUCUUCGUGUACAACCACAAGGGUGAGGUGCUCAUCUCGCGCAUCUAUCGGGACGAUGUCAACCGUAAUGCGGUCGACGCGUUCCGUGUCAACGUCAUCCACGCGAGACAGCAGAUCCGCUCGCCGGUCACGAACAUGGCCCGAACUUCCUUCUUCCACGUGAAACGGGGCAACGUUUGGGUGUGCGCGGUCAGCAGACAAAAUGUGAACGCGGCCAUGGUCUUCGAGUUCCUCAACCGAUUCGCCGACACGAUGCAAUCCUAUUUUGGAAAGCUGAAUGAGGAAAACGUGAAGAACAAUUUUGUGCUGAUCUACGAGCUUCUCGACGAAAUCCUCGACUUCGGAUAUCCACAAAACACAGAUCCGGGAGUGCUCAAAACCUUCAUCACCCAACAAGGCGUGCGUACAGCAGCACCGGUGCCCGUGACGAAAGAGGAGCAGUCGCAGAUCACCUCGCAGGUGACCGGGCAGAUCGGAUGGCGUCGCGAGGGGAUCAAAUACCGCCGGAAUGAGCUGUUCUUGGACGUCAUCGAAUAUGUUAAUCUGCUGAUGAGUCAGCAAGGACAAGUUCUCUCCGCACACGUUGCUGGUAAAGUGGCGAUGAAGAGCUAUCUGUCUGGAAUGCCCGAAUGCAAGUUCGGCAUCAACGACAAGAUUACGAUCGAGGGCAAGAAUCGAGCCGGCGCUGAUGAUCCGAACAAGGCGUCUCGCGCCGCCGUCGCAAUAGACGACUGCCAAUUCCAUCAAUGCGUCAAGCUGAACAAGUUCGACACGGAGCAUGCAAUCUCGUUUAUUCCCCCGGAUGGCGAGUACGAGCUGAUGAGAUACCGCACGACAAAAGACAUCCAGCUUCCAUUCCGCGUUAUCCCACUGGUCCGCGAGACGUCUAGGAAUAAGAUGGAGGUCAAGGUUGUCCUCAAGUCCAACUUCAAGCCAUCAUUGCUCGCCCAGAAAAUCGAGGUGCGGAUCCCGACCCCGCCACACACCAGCGGCGUCCAGCUGAUUUGCAUGAAGGGAAAGGCCCGGUAUCGUGCUGGAGAGAAUGCCAUCGUUUGGAAGAUCAAGCGCAUGGGCGGCAUGAAGGAAUCGCAAAUUUCUGCUGAAAUCGACCUGCUCAGCACCGGCAAUACGGAGAAGAAGAAAUGGAAUCGCCCGCCGGUCAGCAUGAACUUUGAAGUUCCCUUCGCCCCGUCCGGCCUCAAAGUGCGCUACCUGAAGGUGUUCGAGCCGAAGCUGAACUACUCGGACCACGACGUCAUCAAGUGGGUGCGGUACAUCGGCCGCUCCGGACUCUACGAGACCCGCUGC